GAAUGAAGAUGCAAAUAAUGAAAACAUUGGUUGCCGUUUUUAAAUUAAUAGAUUUUCCAAAACGCAGAAUUUAAGUAUCUAAUUCAAACCAAUCCAUCCAAUGAAAGAUAUUAUUGAUUACCUACCAUCACUUAAAAUUUUAAAUUUCUAAAAAUCGACCCACCGUAACCUAGAUGUAUACAAACUUAUCUGAGUGUAUAUUCCAUAUAGUGUGUAUCCAUUUACAACGAAGUCAGAGCGAGUGCAAAACUGCAUUAGAGAUUGUUGUGUGAUUUUAUAUAAUAUGCUUGAAUUUAUAAUUAGUUUCUAGUUAACGCAUAGGAGAACGAUUCGGUUCGAUAAGAUACGCUUCAGCAUCAUCAUUUCGUUGCGGUAGUUAUUGCAUAAGCUUACAUUUUAACGAACUACCGACUACCUAUAAAGAUAAGCAUAGAUCCCCAAGCAACCAAGCGGUAUUUUGAUAAGAACAAACCAAACACACCAGCCAACAUCUAGAAAACCACUUGAAAUUGCAAAACGAAAGAUAGCGAAAUAAAUGAAUAAUUUUUAGAUAACAAAUUCAAAAGCGCUUUGAUUUGUUCGGUGCUACAGAUAAUUAUAGCGUUUAGUAAUUACCAUUUUGAUUUUGAACUUUAAACAAUCUUUUAAUUGCAUUUAUUAUUCUGGUUUUAUUUUAGAUUGUCUAUCACGUCAUUGUAACAUUAAUGCGUAUUAGUAAUUCAGUUUUGAUUAAUAUAUAUAUACAACUUAUUAAUAUUUUCUUUAAUAGUUUAUCAAAAAUACAAAUUUGUUUCAAUAUUGCAUGGUGAUAUUGAAAUAUAUUACUUUUGUAUACUUUGGCUUUUAAAUAGCAUUUCAUUCUUUAAAAACGACAAUCUUUAUUUAGUUUUGUAAUGUCCUUCAACUAAGUAUAUUUAACUAAAGGUUUUUGGUUGCAUGACCUACCAUAAUUUUCACUCCUCUAAGUCCCAGGAGCCCCCUUAGUUUGACCCUUGGUCAAAUACACUCAUUGUAGGUUUUAGUUCCAGUUUAAAGGUCCAGCAAAAUGGCUCAACUAUACCUUCUGCGGAUUUAUUUCGAAGUGAGUCGCUUGAUAGGACUAUGCAAUCUACAAUAUGACUCCCGGAAUCAUCGUUUUAUCCUCUACCAUGUUCCCACGGUGAUCUACUGCGUCAUCCUUAAUGUGGCGUAUAUUUUGAUUCUGCCAUUUGCCCUGACAAUGCUAACGGGCAACAUCUACAAGUGCCCAAACGUGGGCAUGUUCGGAGUAGUCUAUAAUGUGGUGGCACUGACCAAACUCCUCACCAUGCUGCUCCUAAUGUUCAGUGUUUGGAUACAGAGACGUAGAUUGCAGGAGCUGGGUAAUGAUCUGAUGGGAAUGUUGCGAAAAUACCGCUUUGCACUUGGAAACGAUUGCCGGAGAAUGUGUCUGUGCAAGCUUUUGCUGACCAGCUCCAGAUUUGUGCUCCUCACACAGCAGCUCAUCACCCGAGACUCGGUUGUUCGUUGUGAGCAAGACUCUAAAUUCAAGAGAUCUAUGCUUCCGUAUCACUUGGCUUCCAUUGUUUAUGCCUUGAUCAUGAUUCUUUUAAUGAGCUAUGUGGAUUUAACGGUGUACAUGAUUCAGAUUGCUGGGAAUUGGCUGCUGGUGAACUUUUCUCAGAGAGUUCAGGAAAUGAUUCAGGACCUGGAAGCUUUGCCCCCAAGAUAUGGUAUUCCUCGAGAGAUGGGCUUGAAGCAAAUCCUGCCAGGGUGGCGAAAACUUUGGAAACGCUGCCUCCAUUUGGAUCAGGUCCUAAAGCAAAUUUUGGACAUCUUCCAAUGGCAGUUACUCUUCAACCUGCUGACCACUUACAUCUUCAACAUAGCCACCUUGUUUCGUCUAUGGAUUUUCAUUGAAUUCGACCAGACUUUCAAUGUGUGGAAGGGAAUAUUUUGUGUUUUCCUAUUUCUUACUCAUCACAUCGAGAUUAUAAUGCAGUUUUCCAUCUUUGAGAUAAACCGCUGGAAAUGGUGGGAUCUUUUGCAACGUGUGGUAAAAUUUUCGGAUGUCAAUUUUUUGGCAAGCACAUAUGAAAAUAGCCAUGGAAUGAUUCUUUCAAGACAGUUGGAGUUUUCCAUUUAUUAUCUGAACCGAAAACUUCAACUGAAUCCAAAACGGGUAAGACGUCUCCACAUCGUGGGAUUAUUUGAUCUGAGCAACUCAUCCGUUCACGCAAUGUCCAGGAACAUAAUAACCAGUGUCUUGGUUCUGUGUCAGAUUGCUUAUAAAAUAUAUGGUUGA